CUGCAUAUAUUCCAAAUGCUAUGUUGUGUAUACGAACUCUGUAUUGACCGCAUCUACUGCGUGUUGAUCGAGCGUAGAAUGUGUGUGGUGCCGUGCUGUCUAUCAUCAUUCUACGAGAUAUGCUUUGACGUCUCUUGGACGUCAGUAUAUCUAAUCUUCGAGUGCUCCGACUCUUUUCCCGAUAUCUUGCAAUUGGUUUCUCUUCUUUCUAGAUUUGUCCCCUUGUCAGCAAGCCAAAAUCUUCAAAUGGACGCAUCUUAUCCGCCACAAGCUUCACCGCUUGCUCUUCCACCAGGCUAUCUUGACGCCCCGUCCGUAGCUUCACAUCCAGAUUCAGAAGAGGCUACCCAACAUGAGAGGCACCCAAUAGCACAAGAGCUAGAUACUAUAAGGGGCAGGGCAGCAGCUACUUCAGAUGCCAUUAUCAGCUCAACAGAGACGACAUACAUACCUGACAAUCAAUCCCAAGAGCAACAAUGCGAAGGCAGAUGGCAGCUACCACAUAGAAGCUUGCCAGUCCAGUAUAACCGCUUCGUAAAAUUCUGGACAACGCAUGUUGACAUUACCAUCGACGAAGGAGCACACAGAGACCACCUAGCCCUGGAGCGUACGUUCCUCGGAUAUCUGCGUACCUCCCUAGCUCUCGCUAUGGCUGGAGUUCUCACUGCUCAGCUCUUUCACCUUCAACGAUCCGUCUAUCCAAAUCCUACCAUGGGCUUUUUUGUUGUGGGAAUUCCGCUUUCAGUGACCUUCAUUGGAUUUGGUAUGGUGGUGCUGCUAGUCGGAGCUUAUAGAUUCUGGCUACAGCAGAAUGCAAUAGUAAGAGGGAAAAUUUACGCGGGUGGUUGGGAUAUCGUUUGCUUGAUGGUGUUGAGUAUUCUCAUUUGUACGGCUGCAUUUGCUUUGGUGACGACCGUGGAUAUAAUGAAGACCUAUUUUUGA